CUGUGUGGUAGAAGACUUUAUUAAAGUGCAGUUAAGCUCGUCUUAAACAAGCUUUGCCACCGCCGAGCUCGCUCGCUCUCUCUCUCUCUCUCAACUUCUGCAGAUCUUGAGAGCAGGAAACGUCUGCAGUUAGAAGGGCAUGGAAGUCUGCUCCAGAUCUCUCAUGAGAUUCACCACUCCCACCAUUCUGCUGCUCUUCUUGCUCUCUUGCUCCACCUUCACCUCAACAGAAGCAUAUGAUGCACUUGAUCCCAAUGGAAAUAUCACAAUAAAAUGGGACGUUAUCAGUUGGACGCCAGACGGCUAUGUGGCUGUUGUGACGAUAUUCAACUUCCAACAAUAUCGUCAUAUUCAAGCACCAGGUUGGACUUUGGGGUGGACUUGGGCGAAGAAAGAGGUGAUAUGGAACAUGAUGGGAGGUCAGACUACAGAGCAAGGAGAUUGUUCGAGGUUUAAAGGGAACAUCCCGCAUUGCUGCAAGAAAGAUCCAACCGUCGUCGACUUGUUGCCUGGAACUCCUUACAACCAACAGAUUGCUAAUUGUUGUAAAGGAGGGGUGAUUAGCUCAUGGGGUCAAGAUCCGGCAAAUGCAGCAAGCUCAUUCCAAGUUAGCGUAGGUGCUGCCGGAACCACUAACAAAACGGUUAAGGUGCCCAAGAACUUCACUUUGAAGGCACCUGGUCCUGGCUAUACUUGUGGACCGGCAAAAAUCGUUAAACCUACUAAAUAUGUUACUAAAGACGGAAGGAGAGUGACACAAGCAAUGAUGACAUGGAACGUUACAUGCACAUACUCACAGUUUCUGGCUCAAAAAACUCCUACUUGCUGCGUCUCACUCUCAUCGUUCUACAAUGAUACCAUUGUUCCUUGCCCGACCUGUACCUGCGGAUGCCAAAAUAACCUUACUCAGCCAGGAUCAUGUGUCAACCCAGAUUCACCCUACCUUGCUUCAGUCGUUGCAGAACAAGAGAAGCGCAACAGCUAUGCGCCUCUAGUCCAGUGCACAAGUCAUAUGUGCCCCAUUCGAGUCCACUGGCAUGUCAAAGUAAACUACAAGGACUAUUGGCGGGUCAAGGUCACUAUAACAAACUUCAACUACAGGAUGAACUAUACGCAGUGGAACUUAGUCGUGCAGCAUCCGAACUUCGACAAUCUGACUCAGCUAUUCAGCUUCAAUUACAAGCCACUAAAUCCAUACGAGAAUAUAAAUGACACUGCAAUGUUAUGGGGUGUCCAGUUCUACAACGACUUGCUCAUGCAAGCUGGCCCUCUAGGAAACGUGCAGUCGGAGCUUCUAUUCCAGAAGGAUAAAUCGACGUUCACUUUCGAGAAGGGUUGGGGUUUCCCAAGAAGAAUCUAUUUCAACGGUGAUAAUUGCGUCAUGCCGCCUCCUGAUGCAUAUCCUUAUCUACCAAAUGCCAGUCUACGGCAAAAUGUCUCAUUGCUUGUGCUACUGAUCACUCUGUUGACAUCCGUUGCAAUCCAAUUCAUAUGUGUUUAAGAAUCUUUCGUCGCUAAACACUGCACUCUUAUAGAUGCCAUUGCAGAUCGGAACUUGACAGCAAAGUGAAGAAAUAGUACAGCCAAGCAAUGUCUCUUUUGCAUAUCCAUAUGGAUUCAGGUUCACAAACUUGAGAGGAACAUGAAACAGUUCCUAGUUACAGUAAUUGUUGGUGAAUUCACUGCUAUUCUUUUACUUUGGUAGUUGUAUAACAUGUUUUGUUACUAGAACAUCCUAUAAUAUUGUUCAUAUGUUUUUGAGAUACUAGUAUUUUAUAUCACUGUAAUGAGAAUAAGAACAUCUUGAUAGAUACAAUUGAUUGUAAUGCAUCUAUAAUUAUUCUUUC